GUCCCGUUGCCAGGCAACCGAGCGGGCCGGUCCUUAGGGUCAGCGCGGUUAGCGCUGGUCGCCGAGGGCAGCAAGCCCCGCGCUGGGCCUCCCGCAGUCCCGGGGGCCGUGAGAGCGUGGGGACUUUGCCAGCGGAGUUUUAUUUUUAUAGUUGAGAUUUUAUUUUCAUUAUUGGGAGAGGGAGAGCGCCCCCUGGCGAAGGGGAGUGUAACUUUCUAAGAAGUUCCUGGUUCUGGGCCCUUCGGAGGCUGCGUAGCUGGGACUUGGUGACCUGGGGAGACUGCUGGGCCGCCUCUCGACGUGGAAGGUUCUGCAAAAACCCCUCCCUUGGCGCAGGCUAGAGCCUGAAGGAUUCCCAAGAUGACCAAGGUUUCGGCCGUUAAGAAGACGCAGGCUUCCCCCCACGUGGGCGCCGUGUGGCCCCUCUGCACCUCCGAACACCUGAUGCAGGUUCCAGACAAGCCCAUGAGGAACAUCAGGUACAUAGACAAGGAAAUAAAGAACCUCAAGAAAGACCUCCUGCGAAGCCGUUUCCUGAUCCAGGCCGUGAAGAUAGGCCGUGGGUAUUUUACCAUCCUGAGGGAGGAGACGGCCAUGAAGAAGAGGCAGCAGCAGCUUCAGAGACUGCAAGAGGAAGAAAGAAACAAGUUCCAGCCCGCCAAAAAAGUCUCAGAAAUCCUCUACGGGGACUCCCUGUUGGUCACCCACGAAGAGAAGUUUAAGAAACUGGGGACCGGAGCUAUACUUCGCCCAUUCACCCCCGUCCAUAGCUGCAUCCUCUCCUCCUGGCUGCCAGAGGCUCACAUUGAGCCCCUCUUCCGCCAGCUCUGUGCCCUGCACUGGCUACUGGAGGCCCUGACCAUCGACCACACCCACCACACCAUGAAGCCGCUGAUCACCUGCUGGAACCCAAAGGACCCGGGUGGAAGCAAGAGCACCGUAAAAAAAAUCAAUAAGGACAAGUACAUGGGACAGAGGUGGGAUCACUUCAUCACAGCUCCAAAGACGAAGAAAUUCAAAAUCCCUUGCACGCGCACCACCUGCCGCAAGCCCAGCCGACGGGGCUCCAUGGUCAGUCUGUCCAGGAUCAGCGGGGGGUCCUCCCCGCAGAGCAGCAUGGUCUCCAUUAACCCCAGCUCCGACGAGCCCCAGAGCAUGCUCACCCAGGUGACCAGCAGCAAGGACAUCGAGGACAACGAGUCGUCUUCAACCAAGCUGGAUGAGGAAGUUCUUCACAUCAAUCUGCAGAAGCUCCUAGAGAUAGUUCGGGAGCAUGCCCGGCGGACGAUCCUGAUGGAAAACGGGCUGCAGAAGAAAGCACCCAGCAUCCUGUCAGUGUUAAAACCCAACAAGAGCGAUUCUGCCCUCAAGGAUGGACAGACCACCCACAAGUCAAGUGAACGGUCUGGCAGCACGAGUGCAGAGAGCCACACGCUGCUAGUCCAGAAGAAGUCCAAGAGCCGGGCCACCCAUGACCUCAUCCACUGCAAGAUGGGGGUGUGUAACAGCAUGAGGGCCAAGUUUUACAGUGUGGCCCAGGAGGCUGGCUUCUGCCUUCAGGACAAGAUGGAGAUCUUCUUAAAGCGCCAAGAAGAGAGAGGUCUCCAGAAGUUCGAUUCUUUUGUGCUCGUCUCAAACUUUCAAAAGGAUCUGGCGAAAAUGAGACAUCAAGUAGCGGUCAUAAAGGGGGACGCAGAGGAAAUCGCAGACCACUGGUACUUUGACCUCCUGUCUAAGCUCCCCGAGGACCUGAAGAACUUCCUCCCCGCCAAGAAGGUCCUGCUGAAACUGCAGAAGUUUGGGGAGAACUUGGACCUGAGGAUUCGGCCCCACAUCCUCUUGAAGGUGCUGCAGGAGCUGAGAGUCUGGGAGCUGUGCUCCCCCGACAUUGCCGUGGCCAUCGAGUUUGUACGGGAACACAUCAUCCAUAUGCCUCAAGAGGAUUACAUCAGCUGGCUCCAGGGCCGGCUCAGCACGCCCAUCAGGCCCCACAGCACCCUGGCGUAGCCUGAGCCUGGGUCCACCAGCUGUCCCCGAGGGGAGAGGGCCAAUCGACACCAUGUCCCUGCCUCCACCUGCCCCCACGACGUGUCCAUCACGAUGCAGAAGGAGCACCUGGAAGUUGGAUCCUGCCUUGCCUCCCCCACCACACCCCUGUUCUUCCUGUGGGCCAGGCCUGACGCCAAAUCCCUUCUCAGGAUCCCUCCACCCUGGUCCUCCCUCUCAGAUUCUGAAUAAAGUCGAGCCGAGUUUGAUAUCA